GCAAACGGCUUGGUAUCAAAUACGCCGGCAUCAAUUAGUAGAAGAAAAUAUUUAUACAAUAAUUUUACGUAAAUUAUAGAGUCUUUUAAUUUAUUUAUGAUCGUUCACUUUAUUUUCAGAAACGAUACAACUGUAACAACAGGUGAGUGGGGCUGGACGUUGUAUAGGACAGGUGUACGUACUGUACAUUAACUCUUCAUACUAAAUUUUCACUCUAUAAUAAAAGAAGGAGCCUAUUGCGUCCGCAAACAAAGCUUCACAGAAUGCUGUUUUCAGGGUGAUGUAAGGUUUUUCAUAACGCUGAUUUUAGAUUUAGCCUGGCAUCUCUAUUUAAUCAUCUAUACGCAUAUUUGCUACCGGGGAUGUCACAACAAUAAAACAACCCUCUCGCAAUGACAACUCAUUUUUUUUUUCUUUUUCCGACAAAUUCAAAAGGGACACCUGAGGACAAUGCCAUAAUGGAUCCCAAAAAGGUGCGAUUUACUCUGGGGGAAGAAACGCAGCGCAUGGGUCAGGUUCUCAAGGAAUUUUCGAAUCGUCUGAAUAAGGUCCUGAGCGAGCAGGCCUGCCUGAACGACAAAGAAACCAUUGAGGAGAUAAAAGGCAUGGUGAACCGAGCGAAAGAAAUGCUUGAACAUACAAUUCCGGCUGGAGAAGGCAUGAAAACUGCCAAGGACACAAUGAUGGCGAUCAUCCUCGAAAAGAUGAGCAAGAACGUAUUUGAAGACGUCGAGAAGUUUAGCACAUUCGUCUCCGUUAUAUCCGACGACAUUCACCAGCUAGGCGCCAGCCUUAUUCAGGAAGGCAUCGAGAUGUGCGAUGGAAUGAUAAUCGAGGACGGACUCACGGAAUUUGAUAAGAAGUAUCUCUGGGAUUGCGUGGAUACAUUUAAAUUUGAAAGAAUCAAAAAUGAAACAAGUUCUGAAUAAGCCGAAAACUAAGGAAAACAAAAGACGUUACAUCGCAUUUUUGACAUUUUUCUCAAGAUUCCCAUCAGACUUGGCUUGCGUGACCUGUUUCUGCUAUCAUCUAAAUGCAUAAUUAUUGAAAUAAGAAAGUCUGCACGCGCGUGAAAUCAUAAAGUGGGAAAGCGUUUAAGAUAAAAUAAAGGGCGUGGUUACAAAAUGCA